AUGAACCAACUCCCCAAGGGCCUGAGCUACGUGAACGGUCGCUUGAAUUUCUCCGACUUCCCUGUUUCGGGAAUUGCGGAGGCUCACGGCACCCCGACCUACGUUUACUCGGAGACCGUCUUGGACGAUUGUCUCGCCCAGUUCCCGCUCAACCGACCGGGUGUUAGCGUGUGCUAUGCUGUCAAAGCGAACAAUAACCUUUCGAUCUUGGAGCAUUUACGCAAGAACGGAGCUUUCUUCGAAGUAGCUUCGUCUGAGGAGCUUCGGAGGGUUUCCACAGCAACUAAUCAAGAGGUGCUGAGGAACUGUGUCGCGACCGGUCCAGCGAAGUCCGUCAACUUUCUUAAGGACUGUCUCUCCAAUAACGUGUUCUCAAUUCACGCCGAGAGCGAGGAGGAGCUCGAGCGGAUCGAGAUUCUGCGGCAGAAAUUCCCGGAGUCUUCCACGAAAGUGGCUCUCAGGAUCAAUUUUGAUACGUCUGGUGAAGCAGGUCGCUCCUCUCUUCCAACCGGCGCUUCGAGUGACAAAUUCGGAGUGGCCCCAGCGGAAGCACUCCGUUUGGCAGAACGAUUUCACAUUGAGGGCCUUCAUUACCAUGUCGGGUCAUGCGUACUCGACGAAGAAGUAUUAUACGAAGCGCGCGAUCAUGCCUUGGAUCUCGUGGAAGAGUUUGAAUCGAAAGGCUUGAAUAUCGCAUACGUUGACGUCGGCGGCUCGUUCGGAAUCCCCUACGUAGAAACUCAAGCUCCUCUCAACAUACCGCUCGUCAUCGACCGGAUUGCGACUCCAUUUCUUAAUAAAGAUAUCCACGUUUUCAUUGAGCCCGGGAGGUCUGUGAUAGCACAGAGCGGUAUUCUUGUGACCCGUGUGGAGUACAUCAAAAGUACGCCCUUGAAAAACUUCGCCCUGGUGGACGCCGGAAUGAACGAUCUCGUGAGGCCCGCACUCUAUGGCAGUUUUCACAGGAUCCUGACGGAGUUCGAACCCCCAAUAAACCCGGAAAAGAAGAGUACCGAGAUGACAAUCGCCGAUUCCCCUGUGUCUCCGACUUCUGACAGAGUUCUCAGAGCGUCAGAGAGUUUCCGUUUGGCGGAGAACUCGAAACCAGUGCCCAGUCCAAGACUUUCAAGGAGAGUUGAUUCAAUGCCACCGGACCUCCGGGGCUCCAGAGAGUCUUUCGAUGACCUCUUGAACGAACUGCAAGGCAAUAGACUGUUCAAGAGAACGUAUGCUCCGGUGCCGAGUCCCCGGACUGUUCGCAGAUCAAGCCUCGAAGGUCCCGUCAAAUACGAUAUUGUCGGUCCGGUGUGCGAAAGCGCCGACUCCCUUGGACUUUCCCGAACUCUGCCUCGGUUGAGAAUGGCGGAUCUGCUGAUAAUCACGGAUGUCGGUGCUUAUGGGUACUCGAUGGCGUCGAAUUACAAUUCGAGGAACAAACCCGCUCAGGUGAUGAUCCUCUCCAACGGGGGAGUCAAACUUAUUAGCCGACGACAGAUGCUAGAGGACCAAUUGAUGCUUGAACGCAACCUGGACAGUUUUGCUCAUUCCUAAGAUUUUCAUGCCAAAACUGAGAAUAGAAUUUCCUACCAAGCUUACGAAAUAGGAUCUUAUCGGCGCACACAUACUUAGA